UCCCUCCCACCGCAGUGCGGUCACACUGCUCGAAGCACACGAUUUUUGCGGGGGCGAGUUUUCCGCGGAAAAAUGCCAUUAAUUAGCAAGACAAACAACUACCGAUGCUUCGUCCGCCCGCAGUAGAGAGCAGAACAUGUCCCCGCCUCGUCGCCACAGCGAAUCACGGCUCACAGUCCACACGCAAGCAGAGAAUCCGGAGGAGCAGGAGAAUCCGAUUCCCAAACCCCCGGAGGAGAUUCCAAAACUAAACUAAGCCAUGGAGCAAUCGGUGUCCGCCCGCUGGCUGCGACGCUAUCGCGCCUUCUUUCUCAUCCUGCUGCUCAUCGUGGCCAUCCAGUUGUUCCUGGCCUACAAAUCCCUGGACAUUGUGGGCGGCGGUUCGGGCUCCGGUUUCGAUGCGGUUGAGGCGCCAGUGGGUACGCCAGCUCCUCCGCCUUCCCAGGAGCGACUCCAGGCUCCAUCCCGAACCAAACUUACUGCCCAGCAACUGGGCUUCCAGCCGGAGUGCGACAUUCUCGCCCGGGAGGCCAUCUCCGCCCUGCAGCGCGCCAAAACGAAAGAGUGUCGAGAACAUAUCGCCCACAUAGCCUGCGCCAUCCAAGCUGGACUUUUCUAUGCCCCCCAGCUGAGGAGCAGCUGUCCAGCGGGUAACCACACGGCCAACGUUUCCCUGGGUUGCUACAAGGACGAGAAGGAUCGCCGCUUGCUGGCCGGUUACUACAGUAGCUCCAAGACCUCCAAUUCCCCCGCCAAAUGCGUGGAGCUGUGCCUGCAGAGCGGCUAUCCCUAUGCUGGUGUCCAGUAUGGAAGGGAGUGCUUCUGCGGCUUCGAUACGCCUCCGAGGGCUGCCAAGCUACCCGACUCCAGCUGCAACACCAAGUGUUUGGGGAAUGCCAAGGAGAUCUGCGGCGGUUUCUACGCCAUGAACAUAUAUGAAACGGGCAUAGCCAAGUUCACCGCCCAGCUGGCGGCCACCACUCCUCCGCCGGGAACUCAGCGCGUGCGGAUCGCAUUUCUGCUGACUCUGAAUGGCCGAGCGCUGCGUCAGGUGCAUCGACUGCUGAAGGCGCUCUAUGCGCCGGAGCACGUCUACUACAUUCAUGUGGACGAGCGCCAGGAUUACCUGUACCGAAAGCUGCUCGAACUGGAAUCAAAAUUCCCCAACAUUCGCUUGGCCCGCAAGCGUUUCUCCACAAUCUGGGGAGGAGCCUCUCUGCUCACCAUGCUGCUCCAAUGCAUGGAGGACCUCCUGCAGUCCAACUGGCACUGGGAUUUUGUAAUUAACCUGAGCGAAAGCGAUUUCCCAGUGAAAACCCUGGAUAAACUAGUGGAUUUCCUAAGUGCCAAUCAGGGAAGGAACUUUGUAAAGGGCCACGGCCGCGAGACACAGAAGUUCAUCCAGAAACAGGGUCUGGACAAGACCUUUGUGGAGUGCGACACGCACAUGUGGAGGAUAGGAGAUCGCAAGCUGCCGGCGGGGAUUCAAGUGGAUGGAGGAAGUGACUGGGUGGCGCUCUCGCGACCCUUUGUGGAUUAUGUAACGCAUCCUAAGGUGGAAGAUGAGCUGCUGCAGGCUCUUCUCAAGCUUUUUAAGCACACCCUACUCCCAGCUGAAUCAUUUUUCCACACGGUUUUGAGGAACACCCGGCACUGCACCAGUUAUGUGGACAACAAUCUGCAUGUGACGAACUGGAAACGAAAACAGGGCUGCAAAUGUCAGUACAAACAUGUGGUGGAUUGGUGCGGCUGCAGUCCAAAUGAUUUUAAACCGGACGAUUGGCCCAGACUGCAGGCCACGGAGCAGAAAUCCCUCUUCUUUGCCCGCAAAUUCGAGCCCGUGAUCAACCAGGCGGUGCUGCUGCAGCUGGAGGAGUGGCUCUAUGGGCCGUACACCAGCGAGUAUGCGAAUUUGCAUGGCUACUGGCAGUCGCUGUAUCACCACGAGGAUGUUCAUGGCUCUGGGGACGAUUUAACCAGAAGUAUAGGUGACAGCGUGAUGCGUUUAUCUGCUAGACAAGCUAAAUUGGAUGCCCUGGAGCUGAUAGAACUCACUCACUACCUGCACCGCGAUCAGUACAAGGGUUUCCUGGUGCGCUACCGAGCUAGAGGUUCCUCAGGGAAACCCCUCCACCUGGAGACUCGCAUACGUCCCAUGCAGCAGGGCAAGCUGGCGAGAAAUGCCCGGUUUAGCAAGAGAUUACGCAAUUUCGAGGUGUCCACGGAUUUCGAUCAAAAGGAGCAGGUGGCGCGUAACUUUGGCAAGCUCUUGGGUCCACAAAGUGAUCUGCUGCUCAGCUAUACACUUCAGGCUACUGGGGAUUCCGGAGCAGCCUCCCAUUCUUACAAUCUUACCCUGCUUUGGAUAGAUCCGCUGGGUCGCCUGCAGGAUUUCAAUGAACUGCAUGUGGAAGACUCCACCAGCGAUGUGAUAAAUCACUCGAAAACGCUGCUCAAACAUCCCAUUACUCCAGGGAUUUGGACAGCCAAGUUGAUAGGAAGAAACUCCAUUUACGCGCAGCUCAAGUUCCUAAUUUCGCCAGUGGCUUAUUAUAGGGGAUAUGCCUUAGAAAAAUCCUCUCAAGCUGAGCAGCUGAAUGCUGGCUUAGCCGUAGCUCUGCCGGAGGAUUUCGAGAUGCCUUUGGAGUGGCAGCAGCAUCUGCAGACCGACGACGAGCAGUUCACCAUGCGCGAGGAGUCGCUGGCCAAGGGAAGGAUGCUGGGACAGGAGCUGCACGGUUGGAUUGAUGGAUUGGUGGCGCAGUUCUUCCAACUCCGCGAGAGCUGCGUGGUGGAGACGGAAACGGAGAUCUCGCUGCCUCUCUGCAGCGAUACCGCCUGGAGUUCACUGGCUGCCGAUCCCAAGAGCGAUGUGGAUGCCCUGCUCAAAUGAGCCGUUUGCCAUUUUUUUUGUUAUUAAUUCUCUAGUGUAAAUACUCGCUAUAUAUGCAAUUAAUCAUUUUUGAUAGCUCCUUUUUCUUGAUUCGUACAGAUUGUUGUGAUAAAUGUGAACUUUUAAGCGCCAU